GUGUGUGUGAGUGUGUGUGUCUGUGAGUGUGUGUGUGUGUGUGUCUGUUUUGGAAUAAACUUGGAGGGGAGGGGGCGGCAGGGUGAGCCUCCGGGCUGAGAAAUGGGGACACUGUGGGGGUACUGCAAGCAGGACUUGGGCCUUAAACAUUCCAGGAGAGUGUUCUCUACCCCCGGGAAGGACUUCGACAGUGGUUGGGAAUUGUGUCUCUGGCACAGUUUUGCAAGCAGAGGGGGCGUGAGGGUGGAAGGAAAAGGAGCAAAGAAUGCAUGUGGAGGGUGCCAACGUCCCGGUCUGGGAAGGAUUUAUUAACUGGUCGAAGACGGCGGGUGAAUUAAAACAGCACCCUAAGAAGCUUGGGGGUUUCGAUGAUUAUGUUGCGCUUUAGACGGGAGGGCAGGAGAAAGGGCGUUAUUUUGUCUAUUUCUUAGACAGUCCUCAGUAAUUUUUCUGUGGUGAGAAUGGGUACGACCCAUAUUUUAUCCUGAAUCAUGUAUAUGUUUGUACAUAUAUAUAAUAUGUUUAUAUAUAAACACUUGAUGAGGUGACUAUUCUGGCGUGUGAUACCUGAGUUAAAUAGAUGUUUUAUAUAAUCUUGUGGAGCGUUUAACGAGGGUUUUUUGAUGGUAGAGCCUAGUAUCAACUUUUAAUGUAGGUAGGGAGUGGAAACUAGAAGGUUUUAAGACUCUAUUUGGGUAUAUACUAGAUUAGAGAAUGUUAUACUAUUUAAAUGUUCUGCAGGUUAACACAAAUCUGCCUCCUGGGCCAUGCCGCUUCUAAGACCUGUUUCUUCUCAUGAGCCCCAGCAGAAGACAUAUGGGCCAGUUCUCACAGUGGAUAACUUCCCCUGCCUGAGCAAGAGAUGGAAUAGUAUCUGGGAUCUGCCUAUCACCAGACUCUGAGCUUAACCAGGCAGCUGGAUGAAGGGAUGUAACGGACCCCUGAGAGUGGUACUGAAGUCUGCAGUGGGGGGGGAGGGGCCUGGACACACCCCUUCCCCCCCAGACUCCUCCCCCUCAGGGUCAGCUCAGCCAUGGACUUUGGACCUGGAUAAGAAGAGAGAAGCUGCACUUUGUUUGGGGGAUCUGAUUUGGGAUUCUCAGUUUUGGAAAUGGAGUGCUGGAUGGGGGCUUGAUCUCCAGGGGAGCAGCGGAGACGAGAGAAGCAAGGUGCUGGUGGCUCCAUAAUGAAUCACCCCAGAACUUAGUGGCUUACAACAACAGACUCAUUAACAUCUCAGCUAUGUGGUUCUGGCUUGUGGUCUUUCACGUGGUUGCAGUCAGAGCCUGGCAGAGAGCAGGUAUAUGAUACAUGUCCUCAAGUGACUAACUGAAAAAUUCAGAGCAAACAGAUCAUUUGAAUUUGCCUUGCUGAUGUGGCCCAGACACUGAUGGAUGAAGCUAUUUAGAGCUGUGGGCAAUGUCUGCAUAUGUGAUUGUCAAGAAACUUGACCAUCAUGUGGAAAUAGCUUCAAACUUAUACAGGUUGCAAGAAUAAAAAAUAAAAUAAGGGUGCAUGGCUGCUUCCUAAUCCCAUAGUCCAGAGGAAGCAUCCUUAGGACUGCGGGCAAGGGAGCCAGGCAAGCCCAGGGCAGCCUUGAGCCCUCCCCUUGUCUGCCCUCCCCCGUGGGGGCCAGGAUGCUGAAGAAGCAGUCUGCAGGGCUUGUGCUGUGGGGCGCUAUCCUCUUUGUGGCGUGGAAUGCCCUGCUGCUCCUUUUCUUCUGGACACGCCCGGCACCUGGCAGGCCACCUUCAGUCAGUGCUCUCGAUGACGACCCUGCCGGCCUCACCCGUGAAGUGAUUCGCCUGGCCCAAGACGCCGAGGUGGAGCUGGAGCGGCAGCGUGGGCUGCUGCAGCAGAUCGGGGACGCCCUGUGGAGCCAGCGGUGGAGGGUGCCCACAGCGGCCCCUCCCGCCCAGCCGCGUGCGCCUGUGACCCCCGCGCCAGCUGUGAUUCCCAUCCUGGUCAUUGCCUGUGACCGCAGCACUGUCCGGCGCUGCCUGGACAAGCUGCUGCAUUACCGGCCCUCAGCUGAGCUCUUCCCCAUCAUCGUUAGCCAGGACUGUGGGCACGAGGAGACGGCCCAGGCCAUCGCCUCCUAUGGCAGUGCGGUCACGCACAUCCGGCAGCCCGACCUGAGCAACAUCGCCGUGCCGCCCGACCACCGCAAGUUCCAGGGCUACUACAAGAUCGCGCGGCACUACCGCUGGGCGCUGGGCCAGGUCUUCCACCAGUUCCACUUCCCCGCAGCCGUGGUGGUGGAGGAUGACCUGGAGGUGGCACCGGACUUCUUUGAGUACUUCCAGGCCACCUAUCCGCUGCUGAAGGCCGACCCCUCGCUCUGGUGCGUUUCGGCCUGGAACGACAACGGCAAGGAGCAGAUGGUGGACUCCAGCAAGCCGGAGCUGCUCUACCGCACCGACUUCUUUCCUGGCCUGGGCUGGCUGCUGUUGGCCGAGCUCUGGGCUGAGCUGGAGCCCAAGUGGCCCAAGGCCUUCUGGGAUGACUGGAUGCGCCGGCCGGAGCAGCGGAAGGGGCGGGCCUGCAUACGCCCUGAAAUCUCAAGAACGAUGACCUUUGGCCGCAAGGGCGUGAGCCACGGGCAGUUCUUUGACCAGCACCUCAAGUUCAUCAAGCUGAACCAGCAGUUUGUGCACUUUACCCAGCUGGACCUGUCGUACCUGCAGCGGGAGGCCUAUGACCGGGAUUUCCUUGCCCGAGUCUAUGGGGCUCCCCAGCUGCAGGUGGAAAAAGUGAGGACCAAUGAUCGGAAGGAACUUGGGGAGGUGCGGGUGCAGUAUACGGGCAGGGACAGCUUCAAGGCCUUUGCCAAGGCUCUGGGUGUCAUGGAUGACCUCAAGUCAGGGGUUCCCAGGGCUGGCUACCGGGGUAUCGUCACGUUCCAGUUCCGGGGCCGCCGUGUCCACCUGGCGCCCCCGCAGACAUGGGAGGGCUAUGAUCCUAGCUGGAAUUAGCACCUGCCUGUCCGUCCUGGGCCCCUCCCUGUCACAUCAUGAGCUGAGGUGGAGCCACAGUCCCCAGGCUGCAUCGGCCUGCCUGUGUUUCCCUCUUAGGUGCAUUUACGUUUUUGAGUUUUCCGAGUGGCAUUUGAGUGCACAGAUGAUAAGGUGAGGAUUAUUCUCCCGUUCUCAAGGGAGUCAGAUCAGGGGACCCAUUCUGGGGUGUGUUGGGGGGUAUUAAGCAGGAAACCACUGUAUGGUAGGGGGACGCUGGGCUUGUUUGAGCCAGAAAUGUCCAUGACCUGAGCUUUCUCCUGGAGCAUGUGCAGAGUUUGACCAGAGUUUGACGGUGUUCGCUCUCUUGACCAGACACCUUCUCCCUGACCUGGCUCUUCUAGCCAAGGCACGAGUCCUCCUUCCAUACCUGCUCCCCUUCCCCCGUUGGGGGGCUGGGUUAUGGGAGAAGGGGACAUAUUUGUGGCCAAAAUGAUACUGACCAAAGGGACUUCCUUGUCAGGGCCUGGUGGAGUUGGUGGGUCAUCAGGGCUCACUGCCUCCUGCCCUCCUCCCCUGGCUCUGACCCCCACUUAGCCCUUCUCUCUCUGCAGCCUGGCAGUUGAUGGUUCUGAGAGGGAUAGUUGAAGGAGGCAAGCAAGACCGCGCCUCAGCCCCCGCCCAGCCGUCAGGGGAGAGGUGCAGGGAGGAAGGUCUUGGUGCUGGGACAGCCCCUCUCGUGCAUUGCCUCAGAGAGGGACUGUGUCCUGACGUCUCCUUUCUGAAAAUCAGUCCACUCCCUGCUGCUCUAGGAGGCUCCUGCUGGCUUGGUAGGAGAGAGAAUUCAAUCUGUGUAUCCUUUUUUUCCUUGGGGUUUGGCACACAGGCCCCUCCCUGCAGGCUGUGGCUCCUGUGGCUCCCUCAGCAUGAGGUGGAGCAGUGACCGGGUGGAGCAGUGACCGGGCUGCUUCUGGCCCAGUGCUGCCCAGCCUCCCUACCCGUUCCCAGGCGCCUCAUGUCCUCACAGACCAGGACACCGUGGCAGGGUGGAGAGGACUUGGUGUGUGUUCGUUUCUUGCUUGACCUCAGUUUCAUGAAAGAAAAGUGGAAGCUACAGAAUUAUUUUCUAAAAUAAAGUAAAGGCUGAAUUGUCUGAAAAAU